AAAACAAACUCCAACAAAGACCGAAGAUAUUUAACGUAUCUCAAUAAUCUAUAUUGUCUUCAUUAUCAUGGCUACCAGAAGAUGUUAUUUAAAAGGGAGAAGAGAUGAUCAUGUGCAGUAAUACAUUCUGCACCCGUGGUCUCUUCCAUCUAAGCGAGGUGGGAUUGAGCUAGGAUAUAUUACCACCGGAAAGAAGAGACUGGUAUUGCAGCAAAAGCUGCAAAAGCACCAGCAGUUUCCCCUUUUGCAUUUGUGCGAGACACACAACAAAGUCAGGGUGGAAUGUUCAAGGAGUGCCCUUACGGCCAAAUUUUUCAUCUAUCCUGUCUUGGAAUUGAUAAAAGGCCAGGAACUCAUCCCAGUGAACGAGCAAAUCAUGCAAGACAAUGUAAAAGAUGGAAUCCCCCGGUAAUGACGAUAGCUUUGUGAGCAUUAGCCUGGAUGGCAAGGAGUGUGACAUCUGCUUGCAAGACACGGGUCAAGAUCUCACCACCUGCGAUGUCUGUGCCAGGUUUCUUACCACUGGGCCAGUUCAGGAAGGGUUUAAUGAGCUCCCUGAGGUCAUACACACAGACACUCUAGGGCAUCCUUCAUGCUUCAGGAAAUUCCACAAGCUGGCCAGACGACUGAGCCGCUCAGCCGUAAAACUUCAAAAUAACUCACCGGUAAGGGGAAAGGAUGGAAUACAUACUGAUGGGAGCACACAGUGGCUGAACUUCAAUUGUAACAACCUCGGCAAUGAGCUUCUCCUUGAGAACAUUCGUAACCGGGUGAGCAAGAGCAAUCCUGGCUCGCGAAGCGGCAGUCCUCAAUUCUCCGGUGUGAGACAGAUCGGGAAGCUAAAAGACACAGAGCGAUGCAGGAGCGAGCCUUUCUUGGAAUCGUCCGCCCAUGAGUUGCGUCGCGGCUACACCAAGUACUUGUUCGGGAAACGCGAAGGAGGCAAUGGACAAAGUGUUAAAGUGCCUGAGGGUAGCCCUGGACUUGUCCAGGAUGGGUCACAUGGUCCUAUCAAUGAAGUGCCUGGAGCAGCGGUUAACCAUGAACAAAAAGAUAGAGACCUUUCUAACAAGCAAGCCUCUUGCCAUCCGGAAAAUAGCCGUCCUAACUCUUGCCAAAGCAACCAUGAUCAGUAUUUGAUGAAGACAGUGUCAUGUCUGUCCAUCCAUGAUGAAAAACCUCAUAGACUUGUAGAUAACCGAGAGGCUGAAACCUGCAGGCAUUCCAGAACUAUAAUUGGACAUGAAGAAAUGAGGCAUAGUAAUUCAGAUGGAGAUGACAGUCAUCGUUCUGUAAAGGAGAAUAAGAAUUAUCUUCCAUCUGACGAGAAAGAAACCUGGAGAAAUGUCAGACAUAUUGACAAAGAAGCCUUACCCCUAUUGGAAAUUGCUGAGCUGAGAAGCCACACUGAGAUGUUACAGCAUGCAGUGAAUGAUGCUUGCUCUCAGCUAGUCCAGCAUCUCCAGGAGAAAGAUGUUCUGAGCAGUGAGGUUGCAUCGCGUCACGUUACCAUCAAGAAACUGGUAGAGAGACAAAAGAGUCUCCACCACUAGAUUCUUGCCAGUAGCGAUCUACCUUCACAGUACUUUCUGGGUUUGUGACUGAGAUCAAGGAAGUGGGGACGUUUCAUCACAAUGAAGAAACUGGUAAAGUGACAUUAGUCAGCGGACCCUCCACCACUGGACAAUUCAAGGUUUACUUAUGAAGGUUUGUAAGGAUCAACAUUUCGUCACCGUUAGAAAUGGUAGAUCUAUAGAUUAAAGAGCCUCCACCAUCACUAGACUCCGUCCAGGUAACGAUCUUGAUGUUCUCUAUCAAGAUAUGUAAAGGAUCAAGGAAAAGGGGCGUUGAGUCACCACCAAGAAACUGGUAGAAAGACAGAAGAGCCUCCUCUACUAAACUCCGGCCAUGGUAACGAUCUCAAUGCUAUUCUUCAUGAUCUGUAAGAAUAAAGGAACGUCAGCAUUAAGAAACUGGUAGAGAGAGAGAUAAUUUCACAAGAUACACCCAUCUUGCAUAUUGUACAGUGUACACAUCUGUGAGGCCAGUCAGUAUAAAUGUGAUAGAAAUACCACAGAUCACUGGUCAUUUUUUUAUGCCUCUUUUUUGCCUUGAAAUAAAACAUCUAUAUUUUUUUCUAUCCAUUAGAUUUGCAACAAUAUUGUAUAAAAUGUAUGCAAAUAUAAAUCUAUGCAUGCUUGAAAGUAGUCUUUAAAUUUCAUACACAUCAAGGAACAUAUGCCAUAUAUUUUGCAUGUGAUAGUUCACAUAUUUUCUUAGAGAUAUUGAUGGGUUUAUUUUUGCAGUGUAAUUACGGGGGUUUUGUGGAAGUCAUGAAAAUAACACAAUCUUGCAAUAUUCGUGAGGUUUUUUUGCAAUAUGACACAGGAGGGAUAAGAACACAGUACCGUAAAUGUAUUGAACACAUCAGUCAAAUGACAAAGACAAGCUGGGAGGUCUUUGUCAAAGACUUGUGAACUUUACGGCAGUUUCGUCCAAAGUUUCGGAAGCUGACGAAAAAUUGCAAUCACGUCGUUUGUCCAGAGUUCAGGACGAAACUGCUGUUGGAUUCACCAACUUUCGACAAAGACUUCAGGGUCAAUCUUUGUCAUGAAGGAUACUUGACAAUACAUUUUCUAUGUUCUUGAAUCCGUCGUGCGUCGUGGAGUGAAAACUCCCUUUGAAAGGGUAUGCAGCAGACUUAUGUCAUUGUAUUUGGACAUAAUGGCCCGAAUUCACAAAGGUGGGUUUGAAAACCCAUGGUUGAGUCCAUGGUUUAUGGCCCGAAUUCACAAAGGUGAAUUUCCUGUACAGAUUUCCUGUGUGAAUAACGCUUGAUUUACUGCAUAUACCGGUACUGAAAAGUGUCCGAUGCUGAUGCACGCUUUUGUCACAGUGCGCCAAAUUGACUCCUGUUGCUGUGGUUAAGUGCGUGAUUUUUUUAUUCAUGAGUCCACUCUUCAAACAGUGGACUCGUGAAUAAAAUAGCAUAUUUAACCAUGGUAACAAGCAUCAAUUUGGCGCACUGUAACAAAAGCGCGCAUGAGCAGUGGAAAAAAAAUAUGCGCAAAAUCAUGCGUAAUUUAUGCACAAAAUCUGCAAAAACCAUGGAUUCAACCGUGGGUUUUCAAGACCACCUUGUGAAUUCGGGCCAGUAUGCCACGCUACAUGUACAGGCAUUUCUUUAUAUUCACAUAUGUACUGUACAAGUUCAUUUACAUGCAGCUUUAUGUGAAAACCAAUUGGUUGACUCUUUAAACUGUUUUUGAGGCUGAAGAGAGUGACAUCCAUUUUUUUAAACAAUUGCCAUUGAUAUUAUUUCUUCAUUUCUGAAAUUUUCUGUGUGCUAGUCUGCAAGCUGUAAUGUCAUAUGUCCAGGGUUUGAAACUAAUGCGUCAUUUGGAAAGGGGAUCUACAUUUGCCACUCUCCACCCAGGUGUAAUGAAUUGGUAGGGAGGAAUUCCUUGAGUGCUCAGGCACCAGAUCAGGCUAACUGAGAAAAAGCGGAUAUUUUCCAAGAAUUCAUAUUGGCUCUAUUUCAAAUCUGGAUUCUGGAUCAAAAUUUUCUAUAAAAACUCAUAUGGAAGUUCACAAAUACAAAAGGGGGUCAUAAUGAGCUUAACAAAAAUUUCUUACACAUCCCUUUAUGGGAAUACAUGUAUAUUGUUUUUUGUUUUUUUUACUUAUUUUUUUUAUUUUACAGAAAACUUGUUUUUUUUAUUAUUCUCAGUUGGAUAAUCUGAAGGUCAUCAUUUUACAUCAUAUAAGAAAAUCUUCAAAUAUAAGUUGCGGGAAAGUUUAAUGCGACUGACCGUAAUGGGACUGACCAGAGUUUUUCUUUCCACAAAAGAAAAUUGAAGCCGCUUCCCAAAUUCAAAUGCCUUUAUUUGACACUUCUAUUUGUAAGUAAAGUUUUACAGGUAUUGAAAUUGGUAAAAGUGAUUUGAUGUGAAAGAAUUAUUAAAAAGUAAUCAGUCACAUUUUUCUAUGUCCUUUUUGUGUAAUGCGACUGACCGAUUUUU